AUGCAGUUCUUUCCGUACGGCGACGCGUCUAAGUUCGCCCAGCACGCUUUCCGGACCUUCGAUAAGAACGGGGACGGGACCAUCGACUUCCGGGAGUUUAUCUGCGCUCUGUCAAUCACCUCGAGGGGGAGCUUUGAGCAGAAACUCAACUGGGCCUUCAACAUGUAUGACUUAGACGGAGACGGCAAGAUCACACGCAUGGAGAUGCUGGAGAUCAUAGAGGCGAUCUACAAGAUGGUUGGCACUGUGAUAAUGAUGCGUAUGAACGAGGACGGGCUGACUCCCCAGCAGCGCGUGGAUAAGAUCUUCUCCAAGAUGGAUAAAGAUCACAACGAUGAGAUCACGCUGGAGGAGUUCAAAGAGGCAGCCAAGAGUGAUCCCUCCAUCGUCCUACUGCUACAGUGUGACAUGCAGAAAUAGAGGA